AACCACAGCCAACUUAACACACAAAUCAAUGCUACCAACUUUUCCCUCUUUUCUUUUUGCCAUCAUUGACGAUUGUCACUGGUUUAUAAAUUUCCAAUAAAAAAUCACUAAAAAUGGAAAACGACGCCGGAGAAUCCGUUGAUUUGUACUGCCCACGAAAAUGCUCUGCCAGUAACAGAAUCAUUCAUGCUAAAGAUCAUGCAUCUGUGCAGUUGAACAUCGUCGAUGUUGACCCCGCAACCGGCAGGAUGGGUGUUGGAUCCAAGGUGUACGCCAUUUGCGGUGAUAUCAGACGCAUGGGAGAAUCUGACGAUUGCAUCUACCGCUUGGCCAAGAAAGACGGUCUUAUUACUAAGAGCUAUUAAGGCAACGGGAAUUUUACAUGAAAGAGUGUGUAAUCCUAAAUCCUUAGAACUUAGAAAUAAAACUUGAUUUCUUUAUUUUUUAAAAAA